AUGAAGUUUAACAUUUCUUACCCAGUCAACGGUACUCAAAAGUGCAUCGAAAUCGACGACGAGCACCGUGUGCGUGUCUUUUACGACAAGCGUAUCGGCCAAGAAGUCGACGGUGACGCUGUUGGUGACGAAUUCAAGGGUUACGUCUUCAAGAUUGCCGGUGGUAACGACAAGCAAGGUUUCCCAAUGAAGCAAGGUGUUUUGUUGCCAACCAGAGUCAAGUUGUUGUUGGCCAAGGGUCACUCUUGUUACAGACCAAGACGUACCGGUGAAAGAAAGAGAAAGUCCGUCAGAGGUGCCAUCGUUGGUCCUGAUUUGGCUGUCUUGUCUUUGGUCAUCACCAAGAAGGGUGAACAAGAGUUGGAAGGUCUAACCAACGACUCUGUUCCAAAGAGAUUGGGUCCUAAGAGAGCCAACCACAUCAGAAAAUUCUUUGGUUUGACCAAGGAAGACGAUGUCCGUGACUUCGUCAUCAGAAGAGAAGUCACCAAGGGUGACAAGACCUACACCAAGGCUCCAAAGAUCCAAAGAUUGGUCACUCCUCAAAGAUUGCAAAGAAAGAGACAACAAAGAGCUUUGAAGGUCAAGAACGCUCAAGCCCAAAGAGAAGCUGCUGCUGACUACGCUCAAUUGUUGGCCAAGAGAUUGUCCGAAAGAAAGGCCGAAAAGGCUGAGGUCAGAAAGAGAAGAGCCUCUUCUUUGAAGGCUUAA